CGUGACUGAGUGAUUGUGGUAAAAUGACUUAAGAAAGCCCUUUAAAAGUUUAAAUUAAAAUGUGAUUUGUUUCGCGAAAUGGGGUUCAAUAUUACGUUGUGGGAUUAAAAGCUGUUUUGAGAUUGAAGUUUUAUUUAACUAGAAACCUGAUUGGAAGCUUAAAGUCUAAACGUACAUUGUAAUUAAUAAUCGUGUCAGCGUCGCUCAACCUUGGCUUGAGUUCAGCCUGUCACUAACUGUGUCAUUAGGCAAUCCUUUAGUUACAAAUAAAUUACAGUUAAGCCUAACUGUCAUUACUACUGUUUAACUGUAAAGUUUUUAUUAAAAAAUGGCAGGUGGUCAAAAAUCUCAGAAAUUUUCCAUCGAUGAUGCUUUUGAUGAAGAUGAAGACGAUAUUAUUCGUUCUUAUGGAGCUACAACUGAAAGCACACCAUUAAAACCAAAGCCAAGAACCCUUGCCCUGCCAAAUCACGUAGAUGAGGGUCUAGUGGUGCGUGUUGAAGAACCAACCAAAGAUCGCCUUCGAUUGGCAAAUCAGAAAGUUCCAGAUGAUUCUUUGUCCAAAGACAGUGACUCUCUAAUCCAGAGUGAUAUCUACAACUCAGAAAAAUAUGAUUCACAGAAAGGCUGGUGGAAACAUCCACGUGUUCAAGAAAAUUGGAGAGUGAUGCUUGCUGCAUUUGGUCUUUUAAUAAUUGGUCUUGGUCUUCUUAUAACUGGAAUUGUGGUACAGAUAAUGCCUAAAGCUGGAAUUCAGAGUUUUGUGUUCUUCAUUGCUGGAUCUAUUUGUUUAAUACCAGGAGCUUAUCAUGUAGUCUACGUGUACUGUGCUGUUAAGGGAAGACAAGGAUAUGAAUUCCACAACCUUCCACUCUUCAAUUAGUUUCUGAUUAUCAUGUUCACCAAAGGAAACUGCUAUCAUCAAAUUCCAUUGGUUUGAUCUAUUCUUUCUGCCAGCUAGGUGUGAGGGAAGAUAAAAGUUCAAGAUAAUUGAGUUAUGCCAAUUACGAAAAUUCUGUCUUCCUCGUACUUGAAAGAUUUGCACAUAAACAGUUUAUUGCAUGUUUUUUGUACUUUUUUUUGGUAUUUAAGUAACAAGAAAAACAAUAAUAAGCUUUCUAAGAUGUGUUCCUUACAUCAAAAAAGCUUUUUAGUAUUUGUGAUAUUAGGAAAUUUUAGAGAACUCACAAAUAAUUUUUAUUGAUAUUAUACAAGUUAUGAAAUUUAUGUUGAAAAAUGUAAGACACAUGAAAACAAAAGGAAUAGUGAAAUCAGUCCAUUUUUUUAAUAGGAAAUAGGUGUGGUCUAGUUACACUUCAUUAUUUUCUACAAGGUUAAAACAAAAUGUUAUUUUUACAAUAGUUUUAAAAUCAGUACUCAUUAUUUUUGAAAAACUAUAGGAUUUUAGUGCUUCGUUACAGUUUAAAAAUUGUAACAUUUUGGACUAGCCUUGUACAACUAGUCACGUUGUCUCAAUCUUGCCAAAAUUGUAGAAAGUCACAUCUAAAGAAGUUCCUGUUUUUUAAAGAACAGUAUAUAAGUACUGGUUAGUUUCAAGUCUCAUCUAACAAGCUUCCUGGUUUCUAAAGAACAGUACAUAAACACUAGUUAAUGUCAAGACACAUCUGAGAAAUUUUUUUUAGUUUCAAAGGAAUGGUAUGUAAGUACUGGUUACUUUUAAGUCGCAUCUAACAAAUUUCCUGAUGUAUAAGGAACAAUAUAUAAGUACUAGUUACUUACAUUUCAAGUUUGAUAUAUACAUACUCUAAAAUUUGAAUGUACAAAAAGAAACAAUUGACUAGUCAUUUUGAAAUGAAAAGUUCAUAUUUUGCAUAUACGAACAAAAACAGUCAAAGUUAAUAACAAAAAAAUAACAGUCUUUGUUAUUUAAGUGAUAAUGAUAUAUUAUCUAACAUUGUAGAAAAAUAUGGUAAUUUAUAGGAGAGAAAGCUUACAGAGAAGAAAUCAGAAUUAUCAUACUUUACAAAUGCAUGGAUAUCAAGCCAAAAAUUUUAUUUAGAUUUAAUGAAGACAUUGUAACAUUUAACAUACUUGUUGUCACAACAGUACAGCCAUGCUACAUUAAUGUGUGGAUUAUGAACUCAAUGAAAGCAUUGAUAUGUUUAACAUACUUGUUGUCACAAUAGAACAGCCUGAGAAAAAUGCUAUGCUACAUUAUUGUGCAUAUUAUGAACGUAAUAAAAGCAUUGAUAUGAUUAACAUACUUGUUGUCACAACUUUAGAAAAAUGCUGCUACAUUAUUGUGUUGGUUAUCAUGCAUCUGAAUUCACAUUAAGAAUCUAUUUGUAAGGAUAAACCUUUUAAUCAAAAUAUGAUAUCCAGUUCAUUUAUUUUUCAAAGGUCACUGUAAACUGCAAGCAUAAGUACUGUAUAUUAAAGCUUUCUUUUAUUAGAAACAUUUAGCAAUGUGAAGUGGUUCUUUUCUAUACCCUCCCUUAACCUUUUUUUUUUAUAAUUACAAAUGAUAGGCUACUUCAUGAAAUUGAGCAGUGCAUUGAAUACAAAGCAUAAGGCAGUAUAUAAAUAUUAAAAUAUUUUAAUGCAUUAUAGUUUUACAUUUUUGGGUGUAAUUUUAAAAGUUUGUAGUAAAACUGGUUUUUAGUUUGGCUUAGGAACCCUAUAAGUUUAGAAUUACCUAAUAAACUACAUAUUCAUUAUUUUGUUAUUUCAGUACCCUUCAGUGCAGCUCAUUAUUAGAGCUGAGCAAUUUAUUGAUAAGCAGUUAAUUGACUCAUUAAUUGAUUACAUUCAAAUAUUGAUUAUUACAAAACAACUGGUUGGAGGUUGUGUAGCUUUGUUAAAACAAACAAAUAUAAUUCCAAUUCUUUGAUUACUUUGAUAGUUGGAAUAAAUGGAAACCUAAUUUUGAUUAGUUGAUUACUUAUGUGAGUUUUGACACUAAUUAGUUAAGUUGAAUAAAGUUGAUUUAAUUGAAGAUAAGUAUGAAUAAAAACAUUAUGGCAGUAUUUAGAAUAAUUGAAGACAGUAAUAAUUGGAAGCACUAAUUUUGAUCAGUUAAUUAUUUUUGUGAUAUCAAUCAAUUUAAUUUUAAUUAAUCAACUGUUGGAAUAAUAAAAAAAACUAAUUUUGAUUAGUUGAUUAUUUUUGUGACCUUAAAAAUUUCAUGGUUAUUUCAAUUAAUCAGUCAUUGGAAUAGUUUCAAAUUGCAAUAAUUGGAAACACUAAUUUUGAUUAGUUAAUUAUUUUUGACAUUUUCCAUCUUAAGCAU